AUGCCUAACAUUGUUGUUCUGGGUGCUGGCGUCUCUGGCUUGACAACUGCUUUACAGUUAUCCAAAGACCCGGCUUACAAGAUCACAGUGCUCUCUAAGCACAUGCCUGGUGACUAUGACAUAGAAUAUGCAUCUCCAUGGGCUGGUGCCAACUAUAUGCCGUUUGGAAAGGCUGGAAGCGAUCAUCAGGCCUGGGAAGCCGCUACCUGGCCGACACUGAAGGAGCUGACAGAAAACCACCCCGAGGCUGGUAUACACUUCCAAGACGCGGUAAUCUAUAGCCGGAAGAAAGACCAGGAAUCGGCGACUGGGCAGUGGUCCUCAGAGUUGGUACAGCCUGACCCGUGGUAUAAAGAUGUUGUACCCGAUUUCAAAUCUUUGCCGGAAAGUGACCUCGGACCAGAGAUUGAUAGUGGCCAGAAAUUUACAUCGGUGUGCAUCAACACGGCUGUGUACCUACCAUGGCUCGUGGGCCAGUGUACAAAGGCAGGCGUUGUUUUCAAGAGAGCUGUGUUGAGUCAUAUCAGAGAAGCAGCCUACUUACAUCACUCCAGCAACAAGGCUGAUGUGGUCGUGAACUGUACUGGACUGGCGUCCAAAAAGUUGGGCGGAGUCCUGGAUGAAGCGCUCCUCCCUGCCAGAGCUCAGAUCGUUAUUGUCCGCAACGAUCCCGGUGCCAUGUACGUCAUCUCUGGAACAGACGAUGGCGAGGAUGAGGUCACGUACAUGAUGACGCGUGCUGUGGGAGGUGGCACCGUCCUAGGGGGAUGCUAUCAGAAGAAUAACUGGGAAUCACAGGUUGACCCCAACCUUGCGGUCCGUAUUAUGAAGCGUGCAAUUGCACUUUGCCCGCAACUCGUCAAAGAGGGACAGGGUAUUGAGGGUCUUGAUAUUAUUCGCCAUGGUGUUGGGUUGCGGCCUGUGCGAGAGGGUGGUCCUCGUGUUGAGAAGGAUCUGGUUGAUGGUGUGGCUAUUGUUCACAACUAUGGUCAUGGAGGUUUUGGCUACCAGGCUUCUUUUGGUUGUGCAGAUACUGCGGUGUCUUUGGUCAAGGAGGUCUUGAGUAAGACUCGGGCUAAGCUUUGA